AUUGCAAUAAGGUAAUACCUCAGAACAUACUUAUCAUGAAUCCUCAUAUUCAGAUUGGUUAUUUAAAAUAAGAACAUCAAGCGAUAGAUAUCAUCCAUUUCUAUUAUCUUUUAUUACAUUUCUUUAAAGUGCUAUAUGGUUUAUUUCCAUCAUAUAUGCAUUACAAAUAAUUUAUCUUGUUUAAAAAUAUAAUUACAAUUAAAAAACUGCUUUUUCGGUCGCCAUAUUGAUCUCUUCCACAUUUUUUCUUUUGGCAACUAGCUUUUUGGGUUGUCCCUUUUUUUACUGAGAAACUGAACUGAACUGAAUUGAGUUUCUGAGUCACCAGAUCGUAAAUUUUUCUUUCACCCAAUCGGAAAAAUUCAGUAAAAUCAGUUUCUCAGUGAAAAAAGGGACAACCGCUUUUAACUUCUUACAAGCAAGAAUAGCCUUUUCAUUUAUGAUGCACUGUGCGGAAAUGUUACGGUAAAUGUGCAACAAAUUGAUAAAAGCGUGACAAUGCUACAUUUUACCGUAACAUUGUCACAUUUUUAGCAUGACAUUGUUACACAUUUACGUAACAUUUCCACACAGUGUGUAAAAGCUGAAAGACUGGAAUGGAACGCUGGCAGAUGUAGAACUGGUUGAAAAUUUCUCUUCGAUUAAUUAGGUCGUCCAUCAUUCUAUUCUUCCAAUUUCUAAUAAACGUCUAAGAAUACAAGAGAAAUUGUUUUAUUUGUUUCUUUCUAACAUGAUUUGAGAAUUAAAUUCUGCCAGUAGAGUCUGAUUUGUGAACAUCUGCAAUUUACAUAAUAUAUCUAGAAGUAUAUCUGGAUGUUCAGAUAUUCAAGUUAGAUAUUUAGAUAUUCAGAUGUUAUAGAAAUGGGGAAAAGGGAAGAUGGGUGGGAGCGGCAAGGAAGGAUGAGAGUGAGGCGCUUCCUGAUAUUCGCCAGCGUGAAAGAAAAGCGGAAGAUAUCUGAAUAUCUGAACAUCUAGAUAUUAUGUAAUAAGUUUCUGCAUACGCUAUAUGGCGAAAUAUACUUUAUAUUAUAUUCUGUAUGUAUAAGUUAUACGACAACGAUCUGUAUGAUUGAAAAUUUGUGAUUUUGUUAUUUUCAUUUUAAACGAGACAUGCAAAAGAACAGUGUCGGUAUACAUAGUAUGUACCAUAACAUCGAUAACAAGAAGUGCAUUAAACACUUUUUAUUUUCUUGGUCGCAUUUAUUCACUAUAGAGGCACAAGUCUAUAAUGGACGACAGAAAUUUCCAUUCUGAGUUCUAGCGUAUCCUAACCAUUUUUCUUUCGUUCCCCUGUAAAACGUAGACAUGUUUCUGUUCUUCUGACAGAAACUUCUUUAGCCAAUAGAAAAACUUUCUUUUUUCUUUUUUUUUAUUAUAUGGCGUUUCAUGUCACACGUCAACUUAUAGUUUAACUGCAUAGCACUGCAAUCAUUCAGAUGGAUGUUAAUAACGACAAAAGGGAAGUGGUAUUACUGACAGAUUGAAUCACACAACCUUGGAUCAUUUUUUAAAUAAAAUAAGUUCUGAUUGUCUAAUGAAUCAGUAUUAGUGCCAUUUAGUUUCCUUGUGUUGAUUUUCUAUUGACUCACGUUCACUUUCUUCAAGUCUAUCGUAUCAGCAUGAAUUUCGCGAACAAAAUCAGAACAAUGAUUAAUCAUAGAUAUUUCAACUCGUUUGUAACAGUCUCGGUCUCUACAUCAACGAAUUUAUUACCUUCCACAUGAUUAAAUUUCUUCUAAUUGAUUGGAGUUCUUAGAAACAUUUGUUUUCUCUGUCGAGAAAAAGAUUUAGCAGAAACGGAUCCUACCAGUGUUGGAUCCGUAAGAUUAUAAAUAAGUUUAGAAGAAGCCUUCUAUCAACGUGACUUUUACCAAGAUAGCUUGUAAUUUCUUCAUAAAGGGGCCAUUGUUUAUGACUUACUCACUCUUUUUUGGUGUCAAGUGUGGUUUUCGUGUAGAAAAAAAUGCUGCAAAUUAAGACUACUUAUCUUUGCUGUUUAAAACCAGCAUAUUUUCACCUGGUUUACUGUAAAAUUAAAGAAUUUUUUUCGUUUGUUUAUUUCAGAUCUUAUAUGGCAUCUCUAAAUCCAAAAAUUCAAGUUAUACCACAGACCGUUUUAUUUACUCAAUCGAUCAAUAACAAUUUAACUAUCAACAGUUUGGGUAACACCACUCAAAACAUUCGUCAGUCCACUUCUCAAAAUGCCACUCUCGGUACAACUUCUACCCUAAUCCCAUCAUCACCCAAUAUCGUUCGUAUACCGUCUUCAUCGACUCAACAACCACAACAAAUUCCUUCUGCACUUUGGUCGUCGAUUCAAGGCCAACUUCAUCAACAGCAGCAGCAGCAACAACAACAACAACAAAAUGGUGUUAUUCAAACACCUACUCAAAUUCAAGCAGUUCAAGUACAAGGAAUUCAGAGAAAGCCUAUUCAACAUACGUCGAGUGGACUUCAAACUGUUGUUACUCAACGCCCACAAAUUGUUGGUACCUCAAAUUUAAUUCUCGCGCCAAAUAAUCAACAGCAACAAUGGCAGCAGUUAUCAUCCACUUCUCUUGCAUUACCCACCACUCUCCCGUCACCGACAGUAAUGACACCUACCGCUCUUAUAGCAGCUACAAAACCUCCUCUAGUUAUUCAACAGCAGAAACCUCAACAAGUGACAUUUACUGAAUCCCAAGUAAUCGAUUUUGUAUCUAAAUGUCGAACAUUUUUAACUACCCUGUUGAAAUUAGCGGAAAAACAAGCACCAGAUAAAUUACCAAUGGUUAAACAAUGUAUACAAGAUUUACUAGUAAGUAUAAGAUACAUGCACAAAUGUGAAGGUACAAUUGAUCCAGAAUCAUUUACUGAACGAUUACAUACAUUAUACAAGUCGCAACCACACAUGUCAUUAGUACCAUUCUUUAAAUUAGCCUUACCUCACAUGCGACAAAUUGUUAAACAAACUUUUAAUAAACCUAUUACUAUUGAAUUAUUAGAAAAAUUAUCUUUACCUACUACAUCUUCUACAACGAGUAUUACUCAACCAACAUCUACGUCAGCCACUAUCGUUCAACAACAACCGCAACAUGUACAACAAUUUCAGAACAAUUCAAACACGACAACAACAAAUAUUAUUCAAUCAUCUCUCAAAACGUUAAAUAUUAAUACUUAUCAACAACAACAACAAAAUAACAAUACGAAUCAAAUACCAACAUCUAUUAUUGGAACAACAUCGCUACUCAAUAAUAACAAUAGGCAGCAUGUCGUAAGUAGUUAG